GAUACCCUCCUUUGUUUACAGUCCAGAUGAUGGACUCGACCUUUUCAUGAUGCUGAUAAUGAACAGUGUCCUCGCCCAUUACGAUUAUCUCUUGUGCCUGCUGAUCUAGUGUCCUUUUUUUUUCUCAUCUCAUCCCACUGGUAACCUUUCUAACCACUCACUUUACCAUGUCUAUUUACCAUCAUCUUCAUCCUGAUAUCCUCGAUAUCCUCCUACCAAAAUGAACCCUACGCCAGUUACCCUCUCCCCCCCCGGCUUCCCCUUGCCUCACCACCACGAUCCCCCUCAAAUCAAGAUCUCCAAUGAUGCGAACCUGGUAAAAGGUCAGACCGCGCCGUCCGCCACGAACAACCACACCCCAAUCUACCACAUCAAACCACCACCGCGCCGAGUGACUUCUCUCCUCGACUACCCACCUCACCCUCCUCCAUGCCAUCCCACGAACUUCCCACCACCAGAUCCACACGAUACCUACGAAUCCCACCCACCCCAAACCUCCCCAUAGCCUUUCUGAUAUCACCCCACAUCGUCCUCCUUCUUCCUCAUUCC